AUGGCCCUCAAACACCCCAGAAGUCUCCCCUCACACCCAGAUGGCCCUCAAACACCCCAGAUGGCCUCAAGCACCCCAGAUGGCCCUCAAGCACCCCAGAAGGCCCUCACACCCCAGAUGGCCCUCUCAAGCACCCCAGAUGGCCUCCUCAAGCACCCCAGAUGGCCCUCAAACACCCUGCAUAGCCCUCAAACACCCCAGAAGGCCCCUCAAGCACCCUGUAGAUGGCCCUCAAACACCCCAGAUGGCCUCCCUCAAACACCCCAGAUGGCCCUCAAGCACCCCAGAUGGCCCCUCAAACACCCCCAGAUGGGCCCUCAAGCACCCCAGAUGGCUCCCUCAAACACCCCAGAUAGCCCCUCAAACACUCCCCCAGAUGGCCCCUCAAGCACCCCAGAUGGCCCUCAAACACCCCAGAUAGCCCUCAAACACCCCAGAUGGAUACAACAUCUUGUCGACAGUGAAGAUCUUGUCGACAGUGAAGAUCUUGUCGACAGUGAAGAUCUUGUCGACAGGGAAGAUCUUGUCGACAGGGACGAUGAAGCACCUAAAACUACACCCGGGUAA